AUGGACCCACUCAGAUAUGUACUUCUUUUGGGAGCAGCCUUGUUUGCAUUGGCAGCUUGGAUCAGGUACCAAGAUGAUUUCAAGGAAUGGAUUAUUGAACUAGGCCUUCAACACUUCUGGAACGGGAUUUACGUAUUGUUCACGGUCGGAGUUCUAUCAAUGAUAUUAUCAUUCGUUGGCUGCAUCGGCGCUAUCAAUGAAAGUCCCGGACUUCUGAGGACAUUCAUGGUGUUAAACGGCGUCAUGUUCAUUUUGACAUUGGCUGGAGCGGCUUACACUUUGGACCAUGGAAUUGAAUAUUCCAAGUUGAGUCCAUGGCUGAAAAACAGGCUUUUGCAGCUAGUUGACGGAUAUGAACACAAUACAAGGGACAGAAGAAUCAUGGAUAUGAUACAAGAAUUUGUAAGCUUCAUAAUCCCUUACUCAAUCGAGUAUCAUAUUGAAGCCAAUUUGCUCAAUAUUUUCCAGCUUUUGGGAGCAGCCUUGUUUGCAUUGGCAGCUUGGAUCAGGUACCAAGAUGAUUUCAAGGAAUGGAUUAUUGAACUAGGCCUUCAACACUUCUGGAACGGGAUUUACAUUUUGUUCACGGUCGGAGUUCUAUCAAUGAUAUUAUCAUUCGUUGGCUGCAUCGGCGCUAUCAAUGAAAGUCCCGGACUUCUGAGGACAUUCAUGGUGUUAAACGGCGUCAUGUUCAUUUUGACAUUGGCUGGAGCGGCUUACACUUUGGACCAUGGAAUUGAAUAUUCCAAGUUGAGUCCAUGGCUGAAAAACAGGCUUUUGCAGCUAGUUGACGGAUAUGAACACAAUACAAGGGACAGAAGAAUCAUGGAUAUGAUACAAGAAUUU